AUGGAAGCGAAAAUGACGGACUUAAUUUCACAAGCCUCGCCAGUAAGCCAGAUCCGGAAACCUGGUAAACGACAAAAAUGCUCAGCGCAUACGGUCACCUCAUGGCCGUGGACACCUCUCGUCUACUUUGAGUUCGCUCAGAAAUACAUGCUCUUAUUUGCCUCGCAAAUCUUGGCCGUUCCAGGCUUUGUGCUUCAUGUGAAUUCCAUGAUGAAUGAGGUUUAUGAUAGCGUUCUACGCGAACGUCUGUGCACAAAAACUGUGCUCAUCUUGUACGAGUGUCCUAACGAAUUGGACUCACUGGUCGCCUCAUUGGAUGGAUCGUAUGUGUUGUGUUUCAUUGCCAAUCUGAUCCAGUUGAGUCUUUUGGAAGGCGAAAUUUUGGCUGUCCAUUGUUCUCAGUUUUGUCGUGAUAAAGUGUCCAUGUAUUUGUACCAUCCACCACUGUCGUUUGGUUCUGAGCCAUCAAAAUGGAAAUUCUGA